CCAGAUUUUAAUGAAAUCAGUGUUUGAAAACGCUGAAUAAUACGGUGUGAUUUUUAUAUGUGAACAACAACAACAACAAUGGCAGGAGAAGUAGUUGUCGAUGCUCUGCCUUACUUUGAUCAGGGCUAUGAUGAAACGGGAGUCAGAGAAGCUGCCCUGGCACUGGUUGAGGAAGAGACGAGGAGGUACCGACCUACAAAAAACUACCUGGAGUACCUGCCACAGGCCCAGUACCAUCACUUUGAGACAGACAUUAUGAAGACCGAGUUUGAACGGCUGCAGUCUCGGCUACCGAUAGAGAUGAUGAGCAUGAAGAGGUAUGAGCUGCCUCAACCUCCACCCGGCAAGAUGACAGAUGUGUCAGCAUGGAGUGAAUGUGUGGAGAACUCACAGGCCCAGUUAGAACAUCAGGCACUCAGGCUGUUGAACCUGGAGCUGAUGCAGGAAUAUGGCACCCACUCGUGGAAGAUCUACAAUGACAUACUGGUCAAGAUGAUGGAAGCUGCACAGAAACAACUGUCGGAACUCAAGAAGAAGAUUCAGGAAAUCAAUCUGCAGAGGAAGAGUGAACAGACUGUGGCAGGGGCCAAACUAAAAGAUCUAGAAAACAGUUGGGUCGGGCUGGUGAGCAAGAACUACGAGAUUGAGCGUGCCUGUGUGGAAAUGGAGAAAGAACUCACGGAAAUGGAGAAGCAUAAAAAGGGAUUAAGGGCUGACAGAUGAGAGAUGGUGUAAAUUUUGCCAACCCUUUUACAACUACAGCUGAAGAUGAACCUGGCAAUUGUACACGCUGUCUACACUUUUGAUGUGGCACCAUGAACAACAGUUGAAGUUUUCAAAGAUGACCAUCAGUAAAUAUUUUAUCAGAAGUGUCAUAAUAAUGUCAGACUGUUAGACAUAUAGGCAUAGAACCCAAUAUGUACAUAUGAAAUGUGCGCCAAUUUGAAUGUCUUUUGGAUAUGAUAAAUUUGUGUUGCACAUAAACUCUGUGGAUUUUAGUGACAACCUUAACACAUUCAUUUUUUUUCAUUCAUAAAAAUAUUCAACAUUAUUAUUAUUGUCAUAGUCACCUUACUUGCUUGUCUGCUUCCAGUGAACAAACAGAUAAUGCUAAACAUGAUUUGAUUAUUUCUUAUCUUUUGUACUGUUUUAAUGUCUACAUAGAUGGUAAAAUAAACUUCAGAAAUUA